AGUAGGAGCAGGCGGCCCUAACAGGUUCCUGUUGAGGAUAUAAGGGAAAGCAAGACUCCUCUUGUUAAACUCAGUGUUUGUUCUGGCCAUGAGGCCGGAGCUAACCUCGGGCUGGAUCUUCACUGCCCCUGUCCUGAGCAUAUAUGUGGGGUUCUUGUACACUGGCUUCCUCUACGUACAUGCAGCUGCAAUACCAGAUCCGAGCCCAGAUGUUUGUUCUACCUGUCACGUGAAUGCUUCAUGCACAAUUACCAAGGACACGAAAACCUGCACCUGUAACUAUGGAUUCUCUGGAAAUGGAAUUACUGUCUGCGCAGAUAAAGAUGAGUGCCACUUCGGGGCCAAAAAGAUGUGUGGGGACUUUACGGCUUGUUACAACACAUUUGGCAGCUAUUACUGUACAUGCAAUGAAGGAUACAGACCAUCUAACAAUAACAAGUACAUGGAGACAUUCACUCCCAAUGAUGGAACUCACUGUGCAAUUGUUGACUGUGGAUCACCACCAGCUUCAUUGAACUCCGUGCCAUAUCCACCAGUUAACACAACCUAUGGAAGUACAGUCGUGUACCAGUGCCAUGUUGGCUAUGUGCGUGUGAGAGGAAACGACACAUCCAUCUGCUCUGACCAGGGCCAAUGGGAAGGAGCAAACCUGGAAUGUAAAGCUGUUGACUGUGGAUCACCACCAGCUUUACUGAAUGCAGUGUCAUAUCCACCAGUUAACACAACCUAUGGAAGUACAGUCAUGUACCUGUGCCAGGUUGGCUAUGUGCAUGUGAGAGGAAACAACACAUCCAUCUGCUCUGCCCAGGGGCAGUGGGAAGGAGUAAACAUGGAAUGUGAAGCUGUUGACUGUGGAUCACCGCCAGCUUUACUGAACACAGUGCUAUAUCCCCCAGUUAACACAACCUAUGGAAGUACAGCCAUGUACCUGUGCCAGGUUGGCUAUGUGCAUUUGAGAGGAAACAACACAUCCAUCUGCUCCGCCCGGGGACAAUGGGAAGGAGCAAACCAGGAAUGUAAGGCUGUUGACUGUGGAUCACCACCAGCUUUACUGAACACAGUGCUUUAUCCCCCAGUUAACACAACCUAUGGAAGUACAGUCAUGUACCAGUGCCGGGUUGGCUAUGUGCAUGUGAGAGGAAACAACAUAUCCAUCUGCUCUGCCCAGAGGCAGUGGGAAGGAGCAAACCUGGAAUGUGAAUCUGUGGAGUGUGGAUCUCCUCCCGUCUUACAGUACACAGUGCAAAAUCCACCAGGUAAUACAACAUAUGGAAGUACGGUCGUGUACCAGUGCCAAGUUGGCUAUUUACAUUUGAGAGGAAAUGUCACAUCAAUCUGCUCUGCCCAGGGACAAUGGGAAGGAGCAAACCUGGAAUGCAAAGCUGUUGACUGUGGAUCACUGCCAGCUUUACUGAACACGGUGUCAUAUCCACCACUUAACACAAGCUAUGGAAGUACAGUCGUGUACCAGUGCCAGGUUGGCUACGUGCAUGUGAGAGGAAACAACACAUCCAUCUGCUCUGUCCAGGGACAGUGGGAAGGAGCAAACCUGGAAUGUGAAGCCGUUGACUGUCGAUCACCACCAGCUUUACUGAACACAGUGUCAAGUCCCCCAGUUAACACAAUCUAUGGAAGUACAGUCAUGUACCAGUGCCAGGUUGGCUACGUGCAUGUGAGAGGAAACAACACAUCCAUCUGCUCUGCCCAGGGGCAGUGGGAAGGAGCAAACCUGGAAUGUGAAGCUGUUGACUGUGGAUCACCACCAGCUUUACUGAACACAGUAUCAUAUCCCCCAGUUAACACAACCUGUGGAAGUACAGUCGUGUACCAGUGCCAGGUUGGCUAUGUGCAUGUGAGAGGAAACAACACAUCCAUCUGCUCUGCCCAGGAGCAGUGGGAAGGAGCAAACCUGGAAUGUGAAGCUGUUGACUGUGGAUCACCAUCAGCUUUACUGAACACAGUGUCAUAUCCCCCAGUUAACACAACCUAUGGAAGUACGGUCAUGUACCUGUGCCAGGUUGGCUAUGUGCAUGUGAGAGGAAACAACACAUCCAUCUGCUCUGCCCGGGGGCAGUGGGAAGGAGUAAACAUGGAAUGUGAAGCUGUUGACUGUGGAUCACCAUCAGCUUUACUGAACACAGUGUCAUAUCCCCCAGUUAACACAACCUAUGGAAGUACGGUCAUGUACCUGUGCCAGGUUGGCUAUGUGCAUGUGAGAGGAAACAACACAUCCAUCUGCUCCGCCCGGGGACAAUGGGAAGGAGCAAACCUGGAAUGUGAAGCUGUAGAUUGUGGAACCCCAGCUCACGUACCAAAUACAUUGCCACCCUCAGUCAGAGGGACAGUGUAUAGAAGUGAAGUCCAGUAUCUUUGCAAGGCUGGUUAUGUAAAUGAAGGAGGAAAUGGCACAUUGGUCUGUUCUGCCCGAGGACAAUGGGAAGGAGCUAAUUUCGCUUGUACAGAGAUUGACUGUGGGAUCCCGCCAGUAGUACCACAUGCAGAACUGCUCAGGUACCGCAGUACAAGACAAGGGAGUGCUGUCCACUAUAGAUGCAAAGAUGGAUUUUACACUGUGUCAGGAAGGAAUAUGUCAGUCUGCGCAGAAGCAGGACAAUGGGAAGAAGUAACAUUGCUGUGUAAAGUUAAUGAUUUUAUUCUAUUUAAUGAAUCCUGCUUGAAGUGGAGAAGGGACCGGGUUGGAUCCAGAUCUGAGGACACAUAUUCAUUUCAGAUACAAGGACGGAGAAUCUACCAAAGAGAGUUCUUUUCUGAGAUGUCAUUUAAUUAUAGUACAGCAGAUGAUACCCCAAUUGUAUGUUUAGACCUGCAACCAGGCACUAACUAUACAGUGAAUAUCACGGCUCUUACUUUGCAACAUUCUGCUUACUUACAAUUGUCAACAGCAGUCAUUGACCCUCCAGUACCUGAUGUACAAGUUGUGGUUGUAGAGCAAAGACUUCCACCACUCAUCCUCCGUAGGGUAGAAAGUAAGAAUGGGCCCAUUAGUUUUUAUCAGGUAGUUGUUCUGCCCUUGCAUUUGCAACAAUCGUUCAAUUGCAGUUCCCAAAACAUGAGAAGCUUCUUUGGUCACAGAAGGGGCAGUGAAGCAUAUGUCACGGCAGAAUUCUUGGCAAUGGAUGUUGAGGAUGGGAUGCGGUUUUCUGUGGGAGACCGACUGUACUACAGAGAAUAUUAUAACGCUGCUUUAGAAAGUGGCAGGAAUUAUUCCUUCCUGCUGAAAACUAUCAGUGAGUGGAAUUAUGUGAAGAAACAGUCAUGUGUGACUUUGGCACAGUUAAAAGGUUCAUCAAACGAUGUACAGAUUAUGAUUUUUUUAGGACUAGCUUCCUUGGGAACAGUUGGAUUUCUCCUGCUUCUCUGUUAUUCUUUGGUAUGGAGCUUCAAGAAGACAUGACGGCUGCCGAGAAUGGCACUGAAAGUUUACUGUAAAUAAAGGAAGAUAUACUGUCGAAGUGGGUACUCAGCUAACUUCACCAAUUCCGGAAGUGUUUCAAUGUAUAAAACCAAAAAUACAUCAUCAGGCUAUCAAACCAUGAACCAUACAUGUACCUUACACAGCAUAACUUCAAAUAUUGUUCCCACCCUUUGCUGUUAGCCAGACUGUGAUUGUAAAACUCUUAUUUAUUUGUAUGAUAUGAUCAGCCGUUUCUAAAUAAAAUUAAAUUCACUCCAGGGGCUUGGGUACAAAAGCCAGGCUGACACCCCCGGUGCCACAUUGAGGGAGUGCUACACUGUCA